GAGGGAUAUUUUCAUUUGUCAUAGCAAGAUGGAAUGUUUCAAAUACUUAUGGUGGACGUGUACAAACUAAUCCUCUUGGAAUAAAUCAAAGUCUUAACAACACCACAGACAAUGUGUCUAAUACCGAUAUAACCAGGACAGAAUCUAACCAAAUACCAAAUGAUUACUCGACUAAUGAUGUUAACAGCUUGAAUUAUAUUCCACAAACUGGUUUAGAGACUUCAAAUAGAAAUGCAAGCACACCAAACCACCAAUCCUCAGGUCAAAUAACUACCACAGAUAUAACUAGCAAAGCCCCAGUGGAACAAUUGAUGAUGGGGAUUUGCGUUGAAAACCCAAAGUAUCCAAAAUACGCCAUCCGAGUAUCUAGACUGGACUCGUUUAAAUAUUGGCCAACGCAUUUGACACAGUCGCCAGACGAAAUGGCAACCGCUGGAUUCUUUUUUACAGGUAGUGAAGAUCAUUGUCGCUGCUUUUUCUGUGGAGGAGGAUUAAAAAACUGGGAACCAGGUGAUGACCCUUGGGUAGAACAUGCUCGCUGGUACCAGAACUGUGCUUUUGUGCGACAAAGUAAAGGCGAUAGUUUUAUAGAAGAUGUUCACACAAACAAAUAUAUUCCGGCUGAAAUUGUGGAAAAGAAUAAGCUUCCUAGUUCAGAAAGGCCAUUGUGUGAUUUUAAGAACAUUCCUGCAGUUAGAUCUGUAACAGAGUUUGGUUAUGAUGAAAAGUUAGUCAAAGAAGCCUACGAAACUCUUCAAAAAGCGGGAAAAUCAGAUAUCACGAGUACCGGGCUACUUGAAGCCAUUUUCAGUUUAGAGGAAAAUUCGAAACAUACCCAAGAAAAUUCAAGUUAUAACCAACACCAAAUGGAAAACACACAUUCAGCAAUAGAACCUGCAAAAAGUAUAGCAGAGCAAAUUACACACGAAACAACGAGCGAUCCAGAGCCAGAAUUGUCAGUGAGAAGUCUUGAAGAAGAAAAUCAAAACCUGAAAGAUCAGCAGACUUGUAAAAUAUGCUUGGAUGAACAAAUUGCAAUAGUUUUUCUUCCUUGUGGUCAUUUAGCUGCUUGUGGUAGCUGUGCGCCUGUGCUAAGAAGAUGUCCAAUAUGUAGAGCAUUUAUCAAAGGAACAGUAAAAGCAAUAAUGUGCUGAUGUCUUUAGUUUGUAUAAAAUUGAUCAAAAUUAAUAAAACAAAUCAGUUUUAUAUAUAA